AUGCGCUUCCGGGCUGCCUGCGUGCAGAAUUAUCACGGAACAAUGGGACAACCAAUUCAUGAAACAACUCCACAGUCUGAGACGCCUAGCGGCGGAAACGGUGUGGAUACAACAGAGCAUUCGGUUGAAGAGUAUGCGUCGGAACUUCGACAGAGCUUUUUGGCAUCGCUGGAGAAGCAGAACCCUCGAAGUCCUAGCAACGUGGACAACUUGCUUCAUGCUGGAGCGGUGUCGAUGUAUGGUGGCUGGAAACAACUGCUGCAUAUGCAAGCAGCACCGAAUCUGUCAUUGUUAUGUGUGUGUCCAUCGUAUGCCGAUGAUGGCGAAUAUGUCCCUGAUUCAGUAUUGUUCUUUGGCAUCGAAUCACUGCCUGGAAAGCUGAUUGUGUGGAAAGGAGUCCGCGAUGGCGCGUACCAUUCUUUUGAACUCAUGCCGCUUCAAGUGCAAGACCCAGCAAUCAAAAAGAAAGCGAACAUUACCUCCAUUGCUGGUGAAAGAGACUACCGUCAGCGAGCAUUUUCAAGCAAGCGAGCUCUAGGUCACAACAGUCUGAACUCCCUGCUGUUUAUCGGUGAUACUGCUGGGAACAUUGAACACUGGCGCUGUCAGGUUGUCGGAGACAUUAUCCAUUUUACGAUGAUGAGUUCCAACCCCGUUGGCGACAAUAAUUCGCCCCCGUCACCAACUGAACACCCUGUACGUGAGCCAACUGGCUCAUUUUGCCGGCGCGGAUAUGUUUCUACUGAUCAAGCUGACACGAUCGUGGCUGGCGGUAUCAGUCACAUCGAAGUGGAUGAUCCGAACCGUUUGGCAGUCAUACACGCUGAUCAACCCGAAGAACUUCAUGUAUUUGAAGCCGAGUCCGGGCUCGGAAUCCUGCGGCCGGAACAAUCGAUUUCGUCGAACGGUAGAGGACACGUUUUGGGUUUCACGUGGUGCAAUUCGCAUGUGGAGUUUAAUGUGGAUGCGCUAGCGGUAAGAUAUGAAUCCGCUACGGUAAUUUAUCAGUACGACACGAACUUACACCAAUGGUAUCAAAUUGGAGACGAUAUCGUGAGCCCUCUACCUCUGUUCGAUUGUACCCGAGACUCGUCGGCUCUGCUGAUUGGUGGCGGUCAUCUAAAGGAUUCUCGACUGGAUCAACCUUCAUUCCAACCAAUAUCUAACGAAAUGCCUGUGGUUAUUGGCAAGUGGGAUGAGCCUGGAAGUCUACUGCAACACUCAAUGGACUGGAAAGCAGCCGAAUCGCCACAGAAACUCCCGGUAUGGCAUCCCUACGUGCUUCUCACGACGAUGUUUGGCAUGCACGCGCGUGUCGGAGAGAAAGAUACAGUACUAGCUGGAGACCGGACGUCCUAUGCGUUUUCCAGAGCUUUCAAAGAUGCCACUCAAAUGUUGAAAUUGCUGGCUAAAGUACUGGAGCACGAGCCAUCCGUCCGUGCUAGCGCUUCGAGUGGAGUUCUCUCGUAUACUGGUCCAGCACGUUCUAAAAGAACUGCUAGUAAAGAAAAUGGACACGCUCGAAUGCUGGAGUCUAUCGGUCGAUACUCGACUUCUAUUCAUCGAAGUGAUCAAAUUGACAAGGCGGAGAAUCUCUUUGCCGCUCCAAUGAGUAGAGGCAAUCAGAAGAAGUAUAGCUACGACGAGGAGGAGAGUUUUUUCGAUGAGGACGACCAACGCACUCUUGCAGCAAGUGAAGCAGAGACAGUUCUGGCUGCCGUUGAAUCUAUGCUCUUGGGUAAGACGCAUGUAGUACAAGGGAACGCAUCCGUUUUGUUCGCCUCAUUCAGUGAAGAGCACUUAUUAGAGAUGAAGGCGCUGCUGGGGUUUGUGGAAGCGAUUCAGUCACUUGGCUUUGAUUUGGAUGCUUCAGCCGCAGAUCUGGGGGCUAAACGCUUCUUUUCAAUGCAUCUAUUUGCCAGUUCACUGCGGAGCGCUGUGCUUGCGCACACAGGCAGCAAUGCUGACUGUACCGAAAGCAACCCGCAAACCGGAGAGUGUGAGGCCCUUUCAGGCAAACUGAAGUGGAAAAAUACAUACAGCGAGCGAGAAAUCUGCUUCUGGCAACCAAGUUUGGAGGAGACCCCGUCGUCAGGACUGUUGUGGGCUUUACAUUCGGAUGCACAGCAGUUUUUGUGGGAGCAUUGCAUUCAGCCCAGCAUGCUAUGGGACGAUAUUCGUCCUCUAUGGUUGGGACUCUGGAUCAAGGAUGUGAAGGACCUGCGAGGGAUAGUGGAAAGGUUUGCAAAGGUCUCCUACGCUCGGACCAAAGACGCGAUGGAUGUGUGUCUGCUCUACGUGGCAUUGGGCAAGAAAAAAGUACUCAGUGCAUUAGCAAAGCUGACUCAGUCCGAAUCGAACAAGACGCUGGCCUCGUUCUUGAAUAAUGAUUUUUCUGAAAAGCGCUGGAGCAAUGCUGCAGUGAAAAAUGCGUAUUCUCUUCUUAGCAAGAAGAAAUACGAGCCUGCAGCGGCAUUCUUCCUUCUGAGUGAACCUCCGCGGAUUCAAGAUGCGAUUCGAGUUCUUUCGAUGCGGCUUAGAGAUCCAAGUUUGGCACUGGUGAUUGCUAGACUUGUGGAAUAUGAAACAGACAAGCUCCAACAUGACUUCACAACGAACCAGGCCGGAAUUACUCCGGCUGGGAACAUCACAAAGCAAUUGCUGGAGCAAGAGAUAAUACCUCUGUUCCGCCGAAAGCAUGAGGUAUGGCUGGAAAGCUGUGCGUUGUGGUGGCUUGAAGAAUUCGAACAAGCGUGGGCUGUGCUUCUCCCGCAAUUCCAAGACGUGGAUGUUUGUGGAGGCAAUGAAUUGACCCUUCCUACCAAGAACGACCUCGUUUCAAGUGUGUUGCGAGCUACUCACUUCUACGUCAACCUCACGUCACUCACGGUCUACUUCCAGCAUCUUCACUCCAGUGUCAACUCUUCGUUGCUCAGUUGGGCGAAGAAGAAAAUGCAACAGAAAGCGUAUCCUGACCUCCCAACAUCCCCAGCGCCAACAUCUUCAGGCAAGAGGCGUCUACAGCUUGCGUCGACAGCAGAUAUCGAGCACGCGUUUUCGUUUGCAGCCUAUGUAUGCAAACGAAGUGGAUUGAGCGAUACCGCUCUCGUCGAGAUGCUCCAAGCUCGACAUUUAGUGAACCUCCAUGCACGUUUCGAGAUCUCGACAGUCGAAGCUGGAAGCGACCAGAUCAGUGAGUUACCGAUAGACGAAGAGCAGGACUAUGCAUCGGGAAGUCCUACGUCUCCUCGGUUCCAGUCGUCACUUAAAAACUGGAGACGAGGAAGUACGCUGUCGUGUAUUACGUCACCGAUUUCAAGCAAGUCCCCUCGACAACGGACUUGGGGUGUGUCCCAGAGACGAAUGAGCUUCAUGGGUGACUUUAGUCCCCCAAUGCUGGCGGGGAAAAAGCAGCGCAAUCGCGCAAACUCCUUUUCGUGGUCAAAGGCGUUGCAAUCUGAGAAGCCCAUUCCGACAGCACCGUGGCUGAAAGCUCAGAUCGCUGAUAUCGAGUGUAGACGAUGGGCUUCGUCUGCCUUUGUAGGGAAGAUGAUUGGUAUUCGAGUAGCUCGUGAGAUGAUCAGCCACUUCCGCGCCGAAUUGGACACGUGGUUUCGACAUGGAGAUGACGUCGACUCUCCUACACACGCUGUGACGAUCUCAACUUCUCCUGGACAACGGCAUUACCAUCGCGUUAAGCUUCACAGAGAGUUUUUGGAUGAGUUGUGUACUCCACUUUGCGAGCAGUUCCAGGUGGACCGCAACUACGUUUACGAAGCUGCACUCGCAGUGAUGCAUCCGCAUGCGUAUCUCCAUAUCGUCGAAGUUUGUUUCCUGUUGUCGGAACUUGGCAGAGUGUCGACUUUGCGCAAGUGGGUUGAGUAUGUGUCGUUGUCGAUGCUGCAUUCGUGCUCAACGUUUGCAUCGUGCAGCAUUGCCGAGGACGUAUAUCGUGACUGGGAGGGCCUGACAAUCCAGCUGUGCUAUAUUCUGAAUCUCGACGCGCAGAAACAGAUAACUAUUCCGUCUCAAGUGAUCGCGCACAUUAGUGUUGCUGUUCGUACAGGAAUCAUUUUCUUGGGCUGGGCGCGACAACGAUCUGAUAUUGUUCGACAAGCAGUCACAUUGCCAUUCUAUACUUUUGGUACGGCCAAUGGCGAAUCGGAAUCGACUCCCUCGCUGAGCUCUUUUGCAUUUGAGAAGAACUUGCGGUUGCUUUGCCGGUUGUUGCAGAAAUCUACGACAAGCACGAAUGAGUUGCGUAAAAGUCGGAUAUUCGAAGGAAAUCUGGGCUACACUUUCCUAGGCGCUGUUGCCGCCGGUCAAGCUGGUGAAGACAGUAUUUCACUGUUGUCGUGGGGAGGAAUCGACAACGCAGCAAGCCAUAACCAGUUCAAGAUUCGCAAGAUGUACACUCUGAUUCUUAUGGUGUCUGUGCUCCGGACACUGUAUGCUCGAGCGACUGUUUUCCUCAGCACGUACCAGAACGAUAUUGACUCUAACAACGAGGCAGGCAUGGAAACAGAUAUUGCAAGUUCGUUGUUUACUCCACAGAAACUGUGGAAAGCACUGGGCGAAGGCCCGUUAGAAGGACUGAAGCGAUGGUACGCGCUGAUCGAGUCUCAUUUGCGAUGCGAGUUUGACUACUCCGUGAAAGAAGUGCCGUGUCUUUGUGGUCUCUACAGCCUGGACACUGCAGCCUUUGAAGAAGCUGCUGCAAAUGGUUGGAAGGAGAUAGAUGACGGUGAAAAUCCCGAAAGCUCUAUUCACAAUGGCACCGGAAAUGGGAACGGAACUGCUGAUUCUGUCGUGAGGAAUAACGCCACCGCUGUAUCUCCGAUUGAAUCUGAUAAUGAAAUCGAAAACGAGAGUCCGGGCAGCUUGCAGGCUUUUCUUCACGAUAUUGGAAUGUGUUUUGAGAUGCAUACGGCGCUGGUUAACGCAAGUGAUGACUACGUGCUGCUCCUGAUGCAGAAUGCAGAUGUCGGAGUUCAAACAACCUUACGACGAUUCCGCAUCGAUCCUCGGGUGUACGUGAAGAGCUUUGUGCUUCGGGAUGCAUUCGCGUGGUUCGCCCACCACGAUAUCUUUAAAGCAGAUACAGCAGCUGACACUAUCGCCCAAAUUCAUGCGUUUCUAAGUCGCUGUUGCAAGCAGCGUAAACUGCGAUUGCUGGUCGCCCACCGCGGUGAAGAUUCACAAAUGUUCCCGUUGGAUCAUCAUCACGCACGUCCACACCAUGACAGUGACGCUGAUACCCACUCGGUCACGAGUGAACUUUCAUUGCCGCGAUCACGAUUUACGAGUGCAGUUGGGAGUGAUAUGCCCACCUCGGAAUCUAGCGACAAGGGAACCUUGCCUAAGGCGUUCUACUUGCAGUCUAUGAUGUUCGUGGACCCCUGGGAAGUCGAGGCGGAGUGGAAUGUGCGCCGAUACAUGCACAAUGGGCAAUCUCCACUACAUGUGGAGCUUGGAUGGGACCGCUUGAGUCCGAUCUGCUCGGAGACGUGCGAUGAGAUUGUCGAAUCGGCAUUUGAAGCAAAUCCUGAUCUCGUGGCUAUGUGGAAAACCACAGGAGGUGAGGGCUGGCUUGUUACUGCUAUUACUCAGUACCGUUUAGACGGACUCCAUUCGUAUCGCACACUCCACCAGCAUAUUCAACGUGGCCUUGCUGGCAAAGAGGAGCCGAGAGUUCCACUUCUGGUUGAGAUAUAUUCGCGUAGUCAACGCAAUGCGAUGUUUGAAGUAGCAGGCUUACCUCACCGAUUUGUUGGAGUUAUCACAGUGGAGCUGGUGGAAGCGAAGGAUUUGAUUGCGUGCAGCUGGAUAGGAAAAUGGAGCAACGCGUACGUGUUCUUGGAGCUGUGUCAUGCUAAAGACAAACCACGCGAAACAGCGGAAGAGUGGAGUUUACAAACCUAUCGAAGCCCAGUCGGUGAAGGUGGAGUUAACCCUCGGUGGAAUCUAGAAGAAAACAAAUUCGCUUUCCGGUUCGCUAUCCCCACCCACGGCAAACACACUGCUCGUCCGACCAGAAACGUUCAUUUCUCUAAUGGUGGGGGAAAUAGCCGCAAUGUGGAUGUACAGUCGAGUCACUUGGCCUCGCAAUUGUGGAAUGCCGAUGUCAAUGAUCAGACUCGAGAAUCCGUGGAUGCUCUCGAGAAGCUGCUUCCUUCGGUGUUUUCAGGUCCACCAGCAAUGCUGCGGUGCACCGUAUACCAGAAGAACAAAGUUUUGAGCCAUCAGUUCAUGGGUAGAACAAAGGUGAGUACCAUCAGCAUUCUUGCAUAG